CAGGAGCGGCAUUGAAGUCAUGCUGAUGGAAGGAUAAGAUUGGGGACGACAAAGCGCUUCCGUGCUCCUUCCAGCCAAGCCUGAAACGUUUCUCGCCGCCAGAAAUAUGUACGAUGAAAAUAGAGCCGAGGACUAACCCAAUGAAACUCUUCUUGCAAAAUCACCCGUUGCACGUAUUAGUGUUCCUGGAAGCGUCUUUUACGGCGUGCGCGGGUUCCCCGUGGUUACGUUUGGAAGGGUGUUCGUUGUCGGACGGAAGCUACGGCGAACGCCCGCAACUUUGUUAUAUAGGAGAAUGAAUAUAAAUUAAAGACAUAAUAUACUGAAAUCAAUAUUCCUGGUCCUACAAACGCUGAAUGGGCUAUGUUGAACUGAGGAUGUUGAGUCAGAUUUAUGUCAGGGAGUAAUCUACAGCGCAAGCUCUCAGCUCAGACGUUUGUGAAUCGCCUUGGCUAUUGUUAUUAUUAAGGGGAAGCCAGUAACGUACAUUUCAAGGCUCCAUCAUUCAUUUAUACGUAGCAUAUCGGAUACAUUCUUCAUUGAAAGGAUGCGGUCUCCACACGUCCUGCUUUUCGCUUUGCUAGCCAUUGUGGUAGCUGAAGGGGCCAGCCUGCUUCCUGGCAAGCCUAUCAGGGGCCCCCCUCCGGCCUCUCCCCAAGUGGCUGUUGGGCAAACCGUUGAUCUCGUGGGACAACUCACUUUGGUAAAUACCCACGACAACAAGGCCCGAUAUGCUUUAAUCGAUGCCGAGGGAGUGGUGACCCCGUUCAGCGCGGAUUUCGUGCUGCCGGAGGGCGAUAAGGACAACAAUCCCUUAGAAACAGGCUCCAUUGUCGGAAUGAAAUGCGAGGUGGGCCCUCCCAAGUACUGUGGCUGUGGAGACAUAGGUGGCAACUGCACAUGCCCGGACGAUGCGAACACACCGGCAUGCGUGGCCGCGGCCCAGUCUACAAUCAGCCUCGUGAUGUCAGCGGCUCAAGUCCUGCCUUUCGCCCCAGCGCCACAUGGCACCCAGCAGAAGUUGCUGGUGAUGAUUUUGGAUUAUGGUUCUUGUGGCUAUGCGCCGUCCUUGACAGAGAACGACAUUCGCAACCUGUACUUGGGGCCCAACAAGGAUGGCCUAGGCGGCAUCGCGCUUAAGUACUCCGACUGCUCAUACGGCAAGUUUGGCCUGAACACAACUGCCUUCAUGGCGGUUCGCGUCAGCAUUAAUUGCUCUACCGCCGUCACCAGCUCCUGCAGCUGGUGGGCCAUUUCCCAGGGUGCCGAUGCCGCGGCCAAGAGUCUGAUCGGCCUUGCGGCUUUCUCCACCUUCUCGCACUUCACAUACGUGCUGCCUCCGGGGUUGCAGAGCGUGUGCGCCUGGGCGGGCCUGGCUUUGUUACCCGGGCGCCAGACAUGGCUGCAGAGCAGCGGCUACGGAGUCCAGCGCUGGGCGACGGUGAUGCAGGAAGGCAUUCACAACUACGGCCUGUGGCACUCCUGGCGCAACGGCUGGGAAUACGAGGACUACUCGACCGCCAUGGGCCGUGGAGAUGCCUGCCCCAACGUCGCGGAGACAUCCCGACUGGGCUGGGCCACACCCGCCGUCGGCGGUGGCGCCAUUAACUCCGGCGUCCUGAAGACCGCCGGCAGUGUCGCCAAAUGGUCUCUGCCAGCCACCUAUAUCACCGGUGACGGCAACCACCUGCGUGUGCUGCCGGACUGGCUGCCUGGUUACACAAACAGCACAUUGGCCAAGAACCUGUAUCUUGCACUCCGCGUCAAUAAGCUUGGCGACGCCGCGCUUGGCAGUAUGUACGCCAAUAAGGUUAACGUCCACGAGGUCAACGCAACCAUGGACAAUGGCUAUCCAAACUCUUUCAUCUACAGCGACCGACGGAUUCAAUUCAUCAGUUCCGUUAGCCCCUUCACGCGCUCCGUGCUUCCUGCCUACAACCUCGUCAUCUAUACAAGUGCUGUGAAUGCAAGCGACGCUAUCACGGUUUACCUCUGUCGUUACACUUCCGCGGAUAGUCAGUGUCCGUCUCUAACUGACGUGGUGGGGACCGCCUCCCCGCCGCCACCCAGCCCGCCGCCACCGGCUAGGCCGCCCCCGUCACCGCCGCCACCGGCCAGGCCGCCACCGCCACCGCCGACCAGGUCGCCGCCACCGCUGACCAGGUCGCCACCACCGUUGAAGAAGUCGCCCCCCCCCUCGCCUAGGAAGCCGCCGCCGUCACCCAGGCCGUCACCACCCACGGUUGGACACUGAGCGGCGAUCUGCCCGUGGCACGUCACCCAUCCACGCACGUCGCAUAGGAGAAGUUGCAGCCUCCACCAGCUAAGCAAAUGGCUGUAUGUACGUGCGAUACCCAUCCUGUUGUUUUGAAUCUUCAUGACUACAUUCAGAUAUGAAGCGCAGUUGGAAGCUAGGCCUCGGUAGCCGUGGUGGCCGUCACUGACCGCUACGCUUUGGCUCUGCAGCGUUAAAACGUACCUAUCCUACAGAUUCAUGGAUUUACCUUAAAACGUCUUGCUCUGAUUCGUGGUGGGGCGAGGCAGGGACAGAGCCGUCAGCUAUCAUUCAUCAGGCAUAUGGACGAGCACCUAGUAAGGAUUGCAACAGCGCGCAGCGGGUCACAUUGCCUAAUAUGGUCGCAGCGAGUCUUCAUUGUUAUUCCACCUGUCCAACAAAUUCGUGGCUCGCGACAUGUGAUAUGAGGUACAAGGUUUGGGCGACUCAGUUUGCGUGCGUGAGAACUCAAAGAGGGCGGGAGUGCUGGUACAAGCGCAUUAUUCCGUCCAACUGCGAGGGGUUUUAGCCGGUACCUCUUUUAUGUAUCUUGGUAUGCCCCGAAAUAACAUAUUCCAGUUUGCUUGCACGCUAGGGAAGGGCGUAGCGUGCUUCAUGAUUCAUCAAGAAUACGGCUUAAUUAAAGGUUGCCGGCGGGCUGUGAGACGCCGCCGCCGACAAGGCGAUCGACGGUACUGCAAUAGUGCAUAUAGUGAUGGAAAAGGCCAGGCAGGGUGCGAGCGAGCAACAUUAUGAAUGGCUCUCGCCAGAGCGCAAAGUAGGAGUGUAUAUAGCUUAGAAGUCGGGGCCUACCGGAUUUAUAUUUCGAUCCACUUAAUAUGUUUUGGUUUUGUGUUUCAACGCGCACACGUCGCCUAUGGCGGCGCCUCAAGCUUAAGCAACAUCUAUGUACUCGCGCGUUCCGUUGGUGCGUGUGCGAUGUACAUCGCAAGCAAGCCUGGUUAGGGCCGGUAUAUGAUUAAUCUAAGGAUUACUUGCGCUAUUGCGGCUGGGCCAGCAGCAAAGCAAUAGCGAGCUGCUCUAUCUGGCUGGCUUAAAGGCUGGACGGUCGGGUAUUCACUUACAGCGGGGUUCUCAUGUCCCUUCCUCGUGAAUAGUAUUCAGGCCUUGAGUCAUAGGGGAUGUGGAGGAUUUGCAAUGCCAAGAUUGCUACAUAUACGCAAAACUUGCGAACUUUAUUCGGCUAGAGCUUGACGCAUACUAGUAUGCAUACUAGUGUGUCAGUAGAAAGGGAGCAUCGGUGUUGCUUGUGUACAUAUGUGAUUGCAGGGUUGGGGUAAGGGAAAACCCUAAGUUAUUGGUUACAUGAGCGGCGUCGAUGUUGGCUGCUACUACUUGGUAGCUCGGCCGUGUGUCGUGCUACUGCUGCUACUGGUGCUGCUGCUUUCCUAGCCUCGUUGCAUGAUGAAGCUCGAUGAUGAUAGGUUGCGUGUAGGUUUGUAUAUUUGUACAGAUAUGGUAGUAAGCAAGCUGAAGGAGAACAAACGCAUCUCUGCUUAGGAUUGAAACGAGAACUGAAUGAUGCUUUUAAGCUGCGCUCUACGAUUGCGAUGCUUCUCUUGGGUAGUCGUCAUCGAUAAAUGCUUGUAACCGAUACACUGACAC